ACUAGUAGAACUGAUGUAACGUUAUUCUUCACUAUCUACACGUGUGUAACUUAGCUGUCAAAGAAGCGUUUAUCCGUCAACAACUACCCACAUGACAUCGAAUUGCACCGCUGUGUGCUUCCUCUGCGACAAUGAGUGACGCAUUCAGUAGCAGCUCGGAAACCGUGAUUCAGCGAGUGGUGGACGUCGCUGUGAGGACAAACGCACCUCUGGAAAAACUUGAAGAGUUGUAUCAGAUUAAGAAGACUUGCGACUUCAUCAGUGAGCAUCGUUUUGAAAAGGUUGCUCUGCAGUUUCCUGAUGAGCUGCUGGUGGAUUCAGUUGCAAUAUCAGCAGAGAUUGAGAGAAACAGUAAUGCCAAGCCGUUCAUUUUGGGAGAUACAUCCUAUGGCAGCUGCUGUGUGGACGAGGUAGCUGCAGAACACGUUGGAGCCGACUGCAUUGUGCACUAUGGCAGCGCUUGCCUCAGCCCGUCUAAACGGCUUCCCCUGCUGUAUAUUUUUGAGAGAAGAGCGGUGGAUCUUGAGAAGUGCGCUUCUGCCUUCAGAGAGCUUUACCCAGACACACAGAGACACAUCGUCAUCCUCUAUGAUGUCAACUAUGUUCACGCUAUAAAUGAUCUUGUGACGCUCCUUUCACCAGAGUACCCAAACCUUGUCAUCUCAGAGCUUGUUGUUGAAGGGGAGCAGUGUUACAGUCACGGUCGGAUUAAAAGACAACACAAGGACACGUCGGAGCAAGAUGAGGACGGGGUUAUCUGUCAGUUUGGGAGGCAGCUCUCCUUAAAAAAUGGUUUAAGCAUCACAGAUUACAGUAUGUUCUACAUCGGCCAAGAGGGAGUGACACUGAGGAACUUCAUGAUGACUUGGAAUCGGUGCUCAUUUUGUUCUUUUGACCCCAUAAAAAUGACUGGGAGGGCCGAGUCAGUAAGCGUCAACCGUGCACUGAUGAAGCGAUAUUACGCUAUAGAAAGGGCCAAAGAUGCUAAUGUGGUCGGCAUCCUGGUCGGCACGCUUGGAGUGGCCGACUACCUCAAGAUCAUCCAGCAGCUGAAAGAGACCAUCCGAGCAGCCGGUAAGAAGAGCUACAUAUUCGCCAUGGGGAAACUGAACGUGCCCAAACUGGCAAACUUCCUUGAAAUUGACAUUUUUGUGUUAAUUGCGUGUCCGGAGAACUCGCUGCUGGACUCCAGUGAGUUCUAUAAACCUGUCGUAACACCGUUUGAGAUGGAGGUGGCCUGCAACAAGAAGAGGGAGUGGUCAGAGGAAUAUGUCACAGACUUCAGACAUCUCCUGCCAGGUGGAAAAAGUCAUGUGCCUUUGGCUGAUAAGCAGGAGGGGGACGAUGAGACAGACGUGUCUUUAAUCACAGGAGCUCUGCGAAGCAAGAAUCUGUUGAGCAGUGAGCCGGCAGUGUCCUCUUUUGGGUCUUCGGUGGUCCUCAGGAACCAGACGCUGACUGUAGCCACCAACUCAGCCGCAUCUUUUCUGUCAGAGAGAAGCUGGCGUGGCUUAGAGCAGAAGCUUGGGGAGACACCUGUGGUGAAGGCAGUAGAGGGCAGGAGAGGCAUAGCUAUCGCCUAUGAAGAGGAAGGAACGUCUCCAUCAUAAUUUAACAGUAAUCCGAAGUCUCGCACUGACAAUUCAACCACACCUGCAGGUAUUAGAUGCAUAAUUUAAUUUCUUGAAUCUGUUAGGUUUUCAGAAAAUCAAUAUCUGAUAUCAAUAUGUAUGUAUUGUAUGUCAGUAUCACUACUUUUUAUUAUCACAAUACUUUCUGAAUCUCAGAAUGUACCUGAUUUUAUCCAAACAUUACAACUUGUCAAACUUA